AUGUCGAACGGAAUGUCACGAAAUAGCUUCGGCGGCUAUGAAGGGUCAAAUGACCACGGUUCUAUGAUGUCUUACCGCGAAGAUCGCCCGAAACAUGUAAUUUACUCUGCUGUUUAUUCCAACACAUCGGUCUAUGAAAUGGAAAUCAAUGGUAUUGCAGUAAUGAAACGUCACUCCGAUUCAUGGUUGAAUGCAACGCAAAUUCUGAAAGUCGCUGGCGUAGCGAAAGCUCGUCGCACGAAAACCCUGGAGAAAGAAAUUGCCGCUGGCGUGCAUGAGAAAGUCCAGGGUGGCUACGGAAAAUACCAAGGUACUUGGGUCAACUUCCAACGCGGCGUGGAACUGUGUCGAGAGUACAACGUGGAUGAAUUGUUGCGACCAUUACUCGAAUACAACGUGAACGAAGACGGAACCCCAUUGGCGAACGCGGUCGAUACACCAACCAAAGAACAAGCCAUGGCUGCGCAGCGCAAGAGACUGUACAGCGAGGCCGAGAACAGAAGCUCGUCUCAGCCUCAGCAAGGCACGUUUUUCCAGAACAUUUCUCGAACUGCAGCCACCGCCGUGAACGCGAUGAACAAGGCCCGGUACGAUUCACCGAGUAUCAGCAAUCGCCGGCCCAGUGUUGCGCGCAAGCAGUCACAACAAACGAGCAGCCAGGAGUCUUCGAUGGCCUUCAGCAGCCAGCAGAGCAUGUACAACAUGUCCGACAGUGGAUUUAGCAGCCUGCAAAAUCGAUACAUCGCCCACGACGACGAUGAACUCGCAGAGCCUCCCCGCAAACGCGUCCGCUCCUCUUCUCAUCAAGCCCCCAUGAUUGGCUUCCACCGCGAACACUCCAACUUGUCUCUCAACGAACCCACCCCUACCGAGCCUAACGAAUCUUUCUACCAAGACAUGGACCUUCCACCGCCCCCCUCCCGAUGA